AUGACUGUAAUGACUGAACUUCGUCGACGUGAUUCUGACACGUUUCAGAAGUCAACAACAUUUUUUAGAUCAAUAUGGAGACGAACUAUAUCGCUGAAGAAAAAAAAGGCGGACGAUCGCUUCGCUGGUUACAAAGGAGUUCGAGAUAUAACUAUAAAGAAGGGUCCAUCAGGUCUCGGUAUAAUGAUUAUCGAGGGUCGUCACACGGAGGCUGGGAGAGGCAUCUUCGUUUCAGAUCUCCAAGAGGGAAGCGCCGCCGAACAGGCCGGUUUAAACAUCGGAGACAUGAUACUAGCAGUUAAUAAAGAUUCCUUAAUCAGCGUCAGUUAUGAUGCAGCCGCAGCAAAACUGAAACAGACUGAAGGUGUAGUUGUAUUGACAGUGUGCAGUCCGAAUAUGAAGGAUCCGUCUGAUAAAGCGGACGACGCUUCUGGUGCAUCAGGUAAAAACGAUCCAUCUCGUCCAACAACUCCAAAGCCAACACCUUCUCCAGUUAAAGCUGAGCCCCCAGCAGAUCCAGCGACUGCUGCUAUUCGACCAAACACAGAUACUGUUAUCGAAGUUGCAUCCAACGGAGAAGUAUUGGGCUUCGCUUUACUAGGAGGCAGCGAUACACUUAUUAAUGGUCCAGCGGCUGUAGUUCUAGAAGUAUAUAAGAAUGGAGUAAUAGCUAAAGAUAAUAGAAUAAAAGUCGGCGAUCAAAUAAGAGAUUGCAAUAGCAUAGUUAUUAAUAAAGAUAUGACACACGAGAGAAUCUGUCUAUCCAUAAAACUAAAAGUACCUAAGUUAAGAAUGACCAUAUACAGACCAGAUCCUAUACAAUACGAUGAAAUAGAAGUUGAAUUAACUAAAAAAUCGGGACGACCAUUAGGUCUCAACUGUGUUCAACCGAUAGAAGGAAAUGGGGCCUAUAUUGGGGAAUUGUUGCCGGGUUCAGCGGCUGAGGUUGACGGUCGUUUGCAAAGAGGUGACUUCAUCGCAUCAGUUGAUGGUAAAGACGUAUUCAACGCUGAUUUCCUCACUAUAGCGGCCGCAUUGAAACUUAGCAACAACAAAACCACGAUUAAAGUUAAAAGAUUCAAAAUUAUACCGAGGUAA